AGGGGUGCCAAUAAUUGUGGAGGGCACUGUAUGUCAGGAUUACAUACUAACAAGAAAAGCGUUGGUGCUUAAUUUAAAUAUAAUCUACAAACGUAUUUAAAUGAAUUGUUAUAACAUGUUGCUUUAAUAACUUUAGUUUUCUCAACAUUUUCUUCUUGACAAUAUGUGACGAUCGGUUGUGAAAUAUUUUGCACUUUCCCUAACUUUGACCAGCAGAGGUCUCCCAUCGAGCUCUGAUUCGAAAAACUUCAAGUAAUUCACCUUUUUUCCAGAUACAAUUGUGUUGAAAGCCUCUCUGGUUCACAAAGCCAUCAGUACCAAAACAUGUUGUCCUGUGCACGAGGAGCCAUAAAAAAACACGAAGAGCGUCGUCUCUAUAGUAAAAUCUUUUCACCUGCAAUCCAUCCAACGGCCGGUAAAAUAACUAGGCUGUUUGCCAGAUGUCAAAUAUAGGUGGUCUACUGGAAUUGAGCUAAAGUUACCAAAAUGGGAAUAUCAUUAUCUUAUCCCCUGGUGAAUGAGCCAGAGAGCUACGUGGAUCCCGACUUCGAUGAAGACUCUGAUGCAUUCGACUUUGGAAAACAGUUACAUGAAAUCAAUUUAUUCUACUGUUAUGAAAUGAUUGAACACAGAAUCCGUUCAAUCAAAGAGGAGACCAGGUUUCUGAAGUAUGCUUACACUUGGCCCGAUGUUGCCCAGGAGUUAAAGAUAAAGUAUCCUGACUGGACGAAAGAUGACUUGUUGCACCUCAAACAUCAGUUUGAGUUUUUUGACACAACUGGUGACAGACUGCUCAGCUUUGAAGAGUUCUCUGCAGCUCUGGAUCUGAUGAACAACCCUGACUCGGAGGAAGUGCGCAGGGACCUUUUUGACACAGCCAGCGUUCAGAAGUACAACACCCUUAACUUUGAUGAAUAUCUAAAGCUGAUGUAUGAUAUCAAGAACAGUGUGACUUUGGUCACACCCCCCCAAAUAGAGGAAAGCCAUGAAAAGAACAUUGAACAAACUGUCAGUGAUAUAGCACAAAUGGACCCCUUCAGCCAAAUGUGCUUUGGCGUUUUCUAAGAUUCUCUGAUGGAGGGUUUUAAAUGUUUAAAUGUUAUGAAGACUUGUAAUCAAAUAAAAUUCUUACAUUCUU